AUGGACAAGACCGACAGUCACCUACCUGACCUAGAGAAGUCGCCCACUGCGGCGUAUUCCAAGCUAGACGGCGACGUACCGUUUCAGGCCCCAGAGCAGCAACUGGAGAACAGCAACUCACUGUACGCGCGUCUACAACGUUGGGCCAGUCGCUUCAAGAUCGAGACGCGCGGCAUCGAGCGCGUCCCCGAGGACGAGCGCCCCGAUGACUCGCUUCUGAACGUCGGUAGUAUGUGGCUGGCGGCUAACAUGGUCAUCAGCUCCUUCGCCAUUGGUGUACUUGGCAAGUCGCUCUUCUACUUGGGCUCGGCCGACGCCUUCCUCGUCGUGCUCUUCUUUAACAUGGUGGGCAUUCUACCCGUGUGCUACUUCUCCACUUUUGGUCCGAUCUUCGGUCUACGCCAGAUCGUGCUCUCACGGUUCUGGUACGGCUGGCACGGCGCUAAGAUCGUGGCCCUUUUCAGCGUCAUCGCCUGUCUUGGUUGGUCUUGUAUCAAUGUCAUUGUCGGCGCACAAGUCAUCAACGCAGUAAACAACGACGUUCCGGGUUGGGCCGGUAUCACUGCGUGCACCUUCAUCGUCACGCUAUUUGGCUACAAAGUGGUGCACGCCUACGAGUUCUGGUCGUGGAUCCCAGCCUUUAUUGUCUUUAUGAUCGUACUCAUUGACUUCGGUGCAACAGUCUUCGGGCUCGCCAUCGGCUGGGCGUCGUACGCCGCCGACUACACCGUGUACCAACCAGUUAAUCAAAGCAAGUUCCUCGGUGUCGCUGUCAUGACAUCUACGGACGAGAGCAAUCCGGACAGCAAGUACCGUGAUGGCUACAAUGAGGCGGGGGCUGGCGGUCUCAUCAGUGCUGUGAUCGUGGGUCCACUUGGUGGCUUCGGUCAGUUCUACCUCGUCCUCCUGGCGUUGUCCAUCAUCGCCAACAACUGUCCGAACAUCUACUCGUUCGCUAUUACCGUGCAAGUUUUCGGAGAGUGGACGCGCAGCAUCCCACGCUUCGUAUGGACAUUGGUGGGUUCGAGUGUACUGGAGAACUUUAUGAAUGUCAUCGGCUACUGGAUGUCUGUGUACGCGUCGAUCGGUCUUACGGAACAUUUCUACUUCCGUAAAGGCUACUCGGGUUACAAUCCGGCCGACUACGAUAACCGCGAGAAGCUCCCGCACGGUAUCGCCGCCGUUUUCUCGUUCUGUGUGGGCAUCGUAGGCGCUGUCUUGGGGAUGAGCCAGACGUGGUACGUUGGCCCCAUUGCCAAACUCUGCGGCGAGAAGCCGUUCGGAGGAGACGUCGGCGUGGAGCUGGCGUGGCUGUUCUUCGUCGUGUCGUAUCUGAUCACGAGACCCAUCGAGCUGCAUUACUUUGGCAAAUAA